UUGGUAAAGUAGAGGGUCAGUGAAAAAGAGGAAGACCUUCAGCGAGAUGGAUAGACACAGUGGUUGUAACAAUGAGCUCAAACAUGGCAACAAUUGUGAGGAUGGUGCAGGGAUGGGCUGGGUUUUUUCUGUUGUCUAUAGGGUCACUAUCACUCCGGACUGACUCCAUGGUACCUAACAACAGGACAGAGCAGCAGAAUGACAACCUCAGUUCCUGCAGUUGGUGGUGACGACCGAAUUGACUCAACGGCACCUAACGACAGCAAGUGUAUCUUGGAGUCUCUGCGUGGAGCAAAUUGUUAAGCACUUGGCUGCCAGCCAAAUGGUUGGAGGUUCAAGUCUGCCCAGAGGUGCCUCAGAAGAAAGAUAUUCAAAAGAAAGAAGAAGUCCAAGGGAUCGUGGGUAGCAGUGUUGAGCUCAACUGUGUUUACCCUGAAGGAAGCAGUUUUGAUUUAAAUGACUUUUAUAUUUAUUGGCAAACCGCCAUGCCAGAGACCGUGGUAACUUACUACCUCCCCGGGAAUACCUCCCCACGCUAUAAAGAUAACCGCUACCAGCACCGAGCCCAGCUAUCUCUGGACAGCAUGGAGCAGGGCAACUUCUCUCUGCGUUUAUACAACAUUACCCCCCAAGAUGAGCAAACAUUCCACUGCCUUGUGUUCCAGAAGUCCUUGGAAUUAAAAAAGGUUUUGCAAGUUAACGUCACACUACACGUGGCAGCCAACUACAGCAUCCCCGUCGUCAGCAACCCCAUCGGCCCCUCCGAGGACGAGGAGCUCACCUUCAUGUGUAAGUCCACCAAUGGCUACCCGAGACCCAACGUGUACUGGAUCAACCAGACGGACAACAGCCUGCUGGACGAGGCGCUACAGAACAGCACAGUGUCCGUGAACGAGCAUGGCCUGUAUGACGUGGUCAGCACCCUGAGAGUCCGCAGGGCCCCCAACGUGAACGUAAAGUGCUGCAUCGAGAAUGUGCUACUGCACCAAAACCUGACCGUCAGCAGCCAGACAGAGCCUUCCUCUGGAACCAAAGACAAGAUCACAGAUAAGCCAGCCAGACCCCAGGAGAAAAACAUCACCGUUUUUAUCGUCUUUGGCAUCCUGUGCGUGCUUGUGGCUGUGGCUGUGGCUGCCGGCUGGUUUUAUAGGAACAGACGUUCCAGUGGAAGCUACAUAGGUAUCAGACAAGACUCAUGGUGUAGACUGUCUAUGCUUAUUUUGUUGGGGUGGGCAUUGUGCCUCUUUAAGCAUUCCUAACUCUGCAAGAUGUUGCUUUCACUUGAAAUUUGCUUUUAACGGUAUUCCUAUUCACUAGGGUUAGCAACUAAAUGCUCCAAGGAAGUGGAUUUGAAGUCCAGACACUGAGGCACUCACGCCAAAAGGCAGCUGUAAUAAGUCCAGUCUUCUGGGUUCUGGGUUCUGGGUGCAAGUGAGGGAGUCCAAAUUUCAAGAUCCGGGCAGAGUUCGCUUCUGGCAAAGCUGACUGACCCUGCCUUAAAUCAUUGACAUGGCUGUCCAUCUGUAAUUCUGGCCAGUCUCCAAGAUAGAUCUAGAAAGUAUGCAUGUUAACCAUAGACAAUCCAAUAACAGAAUCUGCACUGAUGACCAGAAGCAGCCCCAGGCACAGACGACUGUGAUGGUGCCAGCUCUUUAUAUCAGCCCUAGCUCAAGAAGCCUGCAGGGCCAGCUGUGCCCAGCUCACACCUUGAGGGGCAUAGGGUAGUCUCUUAGGUCAGCAGGCACCCCCAAAGGUCUGAAUGAUGAGGUCAGGGCUCUUUUUGGAGACUCUCGCAAGAGUGCGGGUGAAGGAAAAGCAGUUGCUGUCGAGUCAAUCCUGACUCGUGGUGACCCACGUGUGUCAGAGCAGAACUAUGCUCCAUAGGGUUUUCAAUGGCUGAUUUUUCAAAAGUAGGUCACCAGGCCUUUCUUCCAAGGCACUUCUGGGUGGACUUGAACUGCCAACUUUUCAGUUAGCAGCUGACUUCGUACUCUUUAUGCCACCCUUGUUAAAGUACCCAGAAAGCCAAACCAAUUGCUGUCAAGCUGACCCCGACUCAUGGCGACCCCGAAUGUCUCAGAGUAGAACUGCAUCCAUGGGGUUUUCAAUGGCUGAUUUUUUGGAAGUAGAUCGCCAAGCCUUUCUUCUGAGGCACCGCUAGGUGGACUCAAACUGCCAGUCUUUCAGUUAGCAGCUGACCGUUUGCAGCGCGUAGGGACUCCCAAAGACAAAGGAAGCACUGUUUAAAUGGAGCUCAGUUGCCCCUUGGUUACAGAGUUGGCUUCCAGCUGGAGCCUCCCCGUGGACAUCCUUUCCUGUCCUGCUCCUCGGCGCUGUUCUUAAGUUUCCAGACUCAUGUUUGUUACCAGUUCUUUAGCCUGGAAAGACUGUUCUUUGCCCACAGCCUAUCCUGCUGAUCUGGUCAGUCUGGAAGGGUGUCCUGAGUCCAGGGCACAGAGAAUCUUAAACAGCAGAGAACCUGUGCACUUGCCCUUUAAAAGCCAGCUUCUUCAAAAAGGAGGUUCUGGAAGGUCCCAGCCAGGUCACCCAGGAGGCUGGCACAUCCACGCCGAGCACCUGCAUUAAAUGAAUCUUAACAUGCUCCUUUCUGAAGUGAUGGAGCGUUUAGUAAAGUGAAUAUGCACCCCAGAUUUGCUUGGGGCAGCGCACAAAGCCACACACAGUGCAGAUCAGGAAGAGAUGAGUGAGGGAAUUGGGGUUCAGGGAGCAUAGGGACGGACAAGGAUGGAGAAUGAUGUGGUGGCAUUGGCCCAAGGGUCCCUCACCUGGAAUCCAUCUCUGCCCCACGCAGGGAGCUGUGGGAGGGGAGAGUCCGAGCAGGGUAGGUGGUUGAUGCCCCUGCCUCCUGGAGCACUGGGGGGCUCCAGUGCACCCCCUUCCUG